CAAAGAGUAUAAAAAAUAUCUCAUCGAGCUUGAAAAUAAUUAAUCACUUGCUAAUUCUAAGCUUCUUCUCUUUCCAAAAAUGGCGUCAUCAUCGGCUUUAGCUCUCAGGAGACUUCUCUCUUCUUCCACCGUCGCCGUCCCUCGCGCCUUAAGAGCCGUUCGUCCGGUGGCUGCUUCAUCUCGCCUCUUCAAUACCAACGCCGCCAGAAACUAUGAAGACGGUGUCGAUAGGAACCAUCACUCAAACCGACAUGUUUCUCGCCACGGCGGCGAUUUCUUCUCACAUAUACUCGAUCCGUUUACUCCAACGAGAAGCUUGAGCCAGAUGCUGAAUUUCAUGGACCAGGUAAGCGAAAUCCCUUUGGUAUCAGCUACUCGUGGAAUGGGAGCUUCUGGAGUUAGACGUGGUUGGAACGUGAAAGAGAAAGACGACGCGUUGCAUCUAAGGAUAGAUAUGCCGGGACUAAGCAGAGAGGAUGUGAAAUUGGCUUUGGAACAGAACACAUUGGUGAUUAGAGGAGAAGGGGAAACAGAGGAGGGAGAAGAUGUUUCUGGAGAUGGACGGAGGUUUACGAGUAGGAUUGAGUUACCGGAGAAAGUAUACAAGACUGAUGAGAUUAAGGCGGAAAUGAAGAAUGGUGUGUUGAAAGUGGUGAUUCCAAAGAUUAAAGAGGAUGAGCGUAACAAUAUUCGUCACAUAAACGUUGACUAGAGUGUUUUAUUUUGGAUUGUUUGAGAUGGAAUGGAAGUAAGUGAGUGAAUUUGUGAACUUUAAGGUGUCCUUUGGUGAAUCAAGGAGAAUGACAUUUCCCACGGUCCUAUGUGUUCGGGAUUUUGACUUUUUUCGUUACAUCAAUGAUCUAUGUACGUUUGACUACUUUCAUAUCAUAGGUUCGGAUUUUGUUUCCCAAAUUCUUGAUAUCGGAUUCUGGAUAUGAAUAUCGUAGCAACUAUGAUAUAGUUGAAGUUAUUUGGAUAUUAUUUAUGGAGAAAAAGAGUCUGCUAGGACGAUUUUCUAUCAUUAUACCUAUGGACUAUGGUGGUGUUAUCAAACAUGCUGGACAGAGCCAUGAUCAACGAUACAUUCGAUGCUCAUUCUCGAUGUUCAAACUCGG